AUGCCAGACUCUAAUUUGGACGAGGUCGGAGAGAAAGGCCAAGGGGGCUAUGCCGAGGACAUGAAUGAGAAUCUCGAUCAAGUAUUCGAGAAUGUGGCAGGAAUUGAUGAGUUCAAGACUCCGGAGAAGCAAGUGGGUUUCGAUGAUACAGAAGCAUUCAAGACCCCGGAGGAGACGCUAGCGUAUGCGCCAGCCCCAAAGUUUAUGCACUCGAACACGGCACCUACUUUGAUGAGUAGAACCGUUAUUGGUGGGAGUGCGGCAGGAGAUGAAAAUGGUGUGGAUCUGUUGAAGAUUUUGAGUGAGAUCGACGAUCAUUUCCUUGAAGCUUCCCAAAGCUCACAAGCUGUUUCAAAGAUGCUCGAGGCAAUGAGAUUGCAUUACCACUCGAAUUUUGCUGAUAACCGUGGCCACAUCGACCAUGCAGCUCGAGUCAUGCAAGUUAUUACUUGGAACAAAUCCUGUAAGGGCGUCCCAAAUGGUGAAACAGCGCAUGAUAGCUUUGAUCCAGAUGAUUACGAGACACAUGCCACUGUUUUGGACAAGUUGCUAGCGUGGGAGAAAAAGCUAUACGAUGAAAUCAAGGCGGGUGAGCUUAUGAAACGUGAGUAUCAACGUAAAGUUGGUGUGCUGAAUAAGCUAAAGAGACGCAAUGCCAGUGCCGAGCAACUGGAGAAGACGAAAGCUGGUGUUAGCCAUUUGCACACGAGAUACAUAGUUGACAUGCAAUCGUUGGACUCUACUGUAUCAGAAGUCAAUGAUAUACGCGACAAGCAGUUGUUUCCCAAGCUCGUGGCUCUCGUUCACGGGAUGACAACGAUGUGGGAGUCUAUGUGCGUACAUCACGAUAGCCAGCUUGAGCUUGUCACAGGCCUCAAAUCCCUCGACAUCUCGGGCGUUCUGAUCGAGACGAGCAAGCACCAUCAUGACAGGACAAAGCUGCUCGCGGCCGUCCUCGAGCAACGGCACUCACAUUUCGAGAAGCUCGUGACGGGCCAGAGGCAGUACAUUACGAGGCUCUUCAACUGGCUGAAGCUGAAUCUCAUCCCCAUCGAGAGCACCUUGAAGGAGAAAGUGUCAUCGCCGCCAAGAGUCCCGAGUCCUCCGAUCCAGCUUCUGCUCCGCGAUUGGCACGACUACCUCGAGAAGCUCCCUGAUGAGGUGGCAAAAGGCGCCAUCGCAUCCUUUGCCGCCGUGAUCAAGACGAUCAUCUUCCACCAGGAGGAGGAGAUGAAGCUGAAGGAGAAGUACGAGGAGACAAGAAGGGAGUACGUCUGGAAGAAGCAAGUCUUCGAGGAGUGGCAUCACAAGUGCAUGAAUCGGAAAACACCCUCAACGGACGAGGGCGACCCUGAUAAGGCCGUGGAGAGUGGGACAAAGGACUCGGUGGCGGAGAAGCAGUUCGUGGUCGAGAGCUUGAAGAAGCGGAUGGACGAGAAGAUGGAGGAGCAUCAGAAGCAUUGCGUUCAAGUGAGGGAGAAGUCGCUCAGAAGCCUCAAGAUCCGGCUGCAGGAGAUCUUCCGAGCUCUCUCGGACUACGCACAUGCAUGUUUCGAGGCAUACGAGCGGCUGAGAUUGCUCACAGAAUCGCAGCAUCCUAAUGCUAAUGCAGGAGCCUAA